GCCUGCACGGGCCGCCGCAGACAGCGCAAACGCCAAGACCAACGUCAAAUCAGUUCCUAUCAAGCUCCAACCACGACCCUUUGGGCCUCGACCAUCACCCCCCUACCUGCUCCCAAUCGCCCUCCAGGAAGCCGAUCUCAGCCCACUAACACCGCCGCAAUGUCCGACGCUCCCACCACCCCGACUCCCUCCGCGCCCGUCGCGCGCAACUCCCGCCCCAUGAGCGAGGCCCUGCUCAACGACAAGUGGGACCGCUGCCUCUCUUCCAUGCUCAUCCGCUCCGGCCUUGGCCUCUCCUUCGGCAUCGUCUUCUCCGUCCUUCUGUUCAAGCGCCGCGCGUGGCCCGCCUUUGUCGGUCUUGGUUUCGGUGCUGGUCGCUCCUGGGAGGAGUGUGACAACUCCUUCAAGCACGCCGCCACCUUCCCCAGGGACGGUCUGCGCGUCCAGAGGCCGUAAAUUGCAGCUAGCUUUCGGGGACGAGAUCAUACGGCCGUGGGAAUGACUAUCAAGACUUCGAGUUGGCGGAGGACGGCAUAAUCGGCUCUGAUCGGAAAAAGAGAGGAAGCUGUACAGUAUUGUCGGGUUUAGAGCAAGCAAUGGCAGUCUGUACAAUUGGUUCAGAUGCAAAAGGCCACCGCCAUUUUCGCGCCGGGACGGCUAACAGCAGCGGAGACAUGCGGUUCAUGUGUGUUCACUCAAUGUGCAAUAAGCAUGUGAUAAUGCGGCUGCGCGACUCAGGGACUAUCAAUACAAUCAAGCUUGAACAA